AAAUGAAACCAUCGUCUUGAAGUCUGCGACGCUUUACGCUUUACUUCCAGAAGCACACUUUCUCAAAAAUGCCGCCAAAAUCUUGCGCCCCGCGGUCGAAGCGUGUCAAAGCGUUCGUCGUUGUUGAAGCAUUUCUUGUCAGCUGGUUGUGGUGGACCUCUUUACUUCUAUUGUGCUUCUGCUGUCCUGUUGUUUUUGCUGCAGUUGAGUUGGUUCCAUCAUCAUGACGAGUCGUCUGAUCUAUUUGUUGCAAUGCAUGGGGCCUCGUGCCGUCAGAACAUCCACAGCGGCCAAUUCUUGGGCCAACGUGAGUCUGUGGAAUCGUUUCUUGGAAGAACGGGAAGCAGAAGAAGAAGAGAAUUUGGAAAUUAUUGCCGAUGCUCUGGUGAAUCUUCAUUUUGACAGCGACAAUGGUCAGGAAGCCAUACGGCCUGUCGAGGGAGAAGAAGCCGUGGAAGCACGUCGUCGUUUCAUUCAAGAACAUUACCGUCGUAAUCGAGCAGGAGGAGAUGCAUUGCGUCGUCCAAACGAUCCCGUACUCGAUCGUUGGGAAAUUGCCGCCGUCGGUGCCAUUGCCGCACAACGAGAACAGCGUCAAUUGAAUCAACCCAAUUUGGAUGUUCCCGUGGGACAGGAGUAUGUCUACAGGGCGCAGUAGUCAACAAACAAAAUUCAGUCAAAAGAGUGCGAGUGACAUCACCGCAACAUCUCUCACGAACAUUUUGUGGAGAAACAACAACAAUUUUUAGAAUCAAAUCGAGGAGAGGCGAUCCUCCUCGUCAGCCAUCAUCCCACACCGUCGUAAAUUAGUCCUAGCUAGCCAGUAGUAUCAAUCCAUUUUGUGGCAAGAUUGAAUUAGGUUUUUUACAAGCACUCC